CUGGCAUCGCUGGUUAUGUAACAACAGGCUAUCCAAGCUACACGCUUUUCGAAUAAUUUGUUUUUAAUAGAAUUUAAGAAAAUCAAUAUCGCGUAUUUCAUAAAAAUGUUGCAACUUAGAGCAAUAUGGAGUCUUUCACGCGGCUCAUAUCGUAAAAUUUCUACUGCUCUAAGCUCACUGAACGCUGAGACAGCAAUCGUUUCAGGCAGUGGUAAACUUACGGUACCGAUUCCGGAUGGCGUAGACAAACCGGUCAACCCUAAACUGCAGUCCAUUGUGGACAAUAUUGCAAUACUGAAUCUAUUGGAGGUUUCAGAACUCAGUGCUCUUCUCAAGAAACGUCUUAAUCUUCCUGAUACAGCUCUCAUGCCAGCUGGUUUCACUGGUGGAUUCCGCUCAGCAGUAGCCCCUGUUGAUGAAGAGGAAGCUCCGCCAAAAGUGGUUAAAACUACUUUCAAAGUGAAAUUGGUAAAGUUCGACGAAAAGCAAAAGGUAGCCCUCAUCAAGGAAGUUAAAAAUCUUUUGGAUGGUAUGAAUUUGGUUCAGGCAAAGAAAUUUGUGGAAAGUGCACCAACAAUGGUCAAGGAGGAUAUUCCAAAAGACGAAGCAGAAAAGCUGAAAGAAGCCUUUACCAAAGUGGGGGCUAUUAUCGAGAUAGAGUAGUGAGAUUUAUUAAUACAAAUAUAAAAAUCCGAGUCGAUAGUUUUAA